AUGAUGAAAAGUUCACGAAACAAAAAGGAGAACAGACGAGGUACUACAAAAUUAGAGCAAGCAGGUAUGAUUUUGUCUUUCGUUUCGAACCCACGGGAGAAGACACCAUGCUAACGGGUUCCCACUAGAUAACACAAACACAAAGUCCGCUUCUUGUCUGCUUCUUGUUUACAUCACCCUUCCUGUGAUGGUGGAUUGUAGCUCAUCACCGCCAACACUUGGUCUGGAAUGUAAUUACAUGCUAGCAUGGCUAGUGGCUAACGUUAGCCAGCUUGAGCUAGCUACCAAACUAGCAUACGAACUUGGUAGCACAGAGUUGAUCCUCCAUAUGACAUUGAGAAAUAGUGCAUUGUGGGUAGUUUAGAAGAUAUCCAGAAAUAAGUUAAUAAAUAUGUAAUAACCCCAAAACAUAAGUAUGUUUGUACUUAUACAGUGCAUUCGGAAAGUAUUCAGACCCCUUGACUUUUUCCAAAUUUUGUUACGUUACAGCCUUAUUCUAAAAUUGAUUCAAUUGCUUUUUUUCCUCAUCAAUCUACACACAAUGGCAAAGCAAAAACAGGUUUUUAUAAAUGUUUGCUACGAAUAAACGAAUAAAAAACGGAAAUAUCGCAUUCACAUAAGUAUUCAGACCCUUUACUCAGUACUUUGUUGAAGCACCUUUGGCAGCGAUUACAGCCUCGAGUCUUCUUGGGUUUGACGCUACAAGCUUGGCACACCUGUAUUUGGGGAGUUUCUCCCAUUCUUCUCUGCAGAUCCUCUCAAACUCUGUCAGGUUGGAUGGGGAGCGUCGCUGCACAGCUAUUUUCAGGUCUCUCCAGAGACGUUCAAUCGGGUUCAAGUCCGGGCUCUGGCUGGACAUUCUCAAGGACAUUCAGAGAGUUGUCCCGAAGCCACUACUGCGUUGUCUUGGCUGUGUGCUUAGGGUCGUUGUCCUGUUGAAAGGUGAACCUUCGCCCCAGUCUGAGGUCCUGAGCGCGCUGGAGCAGGUUUUCAUCAAGGAUCUCUCUGUAUUUUGCUCCGUUAAUCUUUCCCUCAAUCCUGACUAGUCUCCCAGUCCCUGCUGCUGAGAAACAUCCCCACAGCAUGAUGCUGCCACCACCAUGCUUCACCGUAGGGAUGGUGCCAGGUUUCCUCCAGAGAUGACGCUUGGCAUUCAGGCCAAGGUUUCAUCAGACCAAAGAAUCUUGUUUCUCAUGGUCUGAGAGUCUUUAGGUGCCUUUUGGCAAACUCCAUGCGAGCUGUCAUGUGUCUUUUACUAAGGAGUGGCUUCCGUCUGGCCACUCUACCAUAAAGGCCUGAUUGGUGGAGUGCUGCAGAGAUGGUUGUCCUUCUGGAAGGUUCUCCCAUCUCCACAGAGGAACUCUGGAGCUCUGUCAGGGUGACCAUCGGGUUCUCGGUCGCCUCCCUGACCAAGGUCCUUCUCCUCCGAUUGCUCAGUUUGGCCGGGCGGCCAGCUCUAGGAAGAGUCUUGGUGGUUCCAAACUUCUUCCAUUUAAGAAUGAUGGAGGCCACUGUGUUCUUGGGGACCUUCAAUGCUGCAGAAAUGUGUUGGUACCCUUCCCCAGAUCUGUGCAUCGACACAAUCCUGUCUCUGAGCUCUACGGACAAUUCCUUCGACCUCAUGGCUUGGUUUUUGCUCUGACAUGCACUGUCAACUGUGGGACCUUAUAUAGACAGGUGUGUGCCUUUCCAAAUCAUGUCCAAUCAAGUUGUAGAAACAUCUCAAGGAUGAUCAAUGGAAACAGGAUGCACCUGUGCUCAAUUUCGAGUCUCAAAGCAAAGGGUCUGACUUCUUGUGUAAAUAAGGUAUUUCCGUUUUUGAUUUUUAAUACAUUCGCAAAAAUGUCUCAACGUGUUUUUGCUUUGUCAUUAUAGGGUAUUGUGUGUAGAUGAGUAAAAAAAUUAAUUUAAUCAAUUUUAGAAUAAGGCUGUAACGUAACAAAAUGUGGAAAAAGUCAAGGGGUCCGAAUACUUUCGGAUACUGUAGGUAACCAGAUCGUGACUACAACUAAGUUACUAAGUCUUUGACCACACUGUAUUGUUACAUUGGUGAGUAAAAACUCAUGCUUCCUACCCUUUAAGCCUUGGUCAGGAAUCAGGAGUAGGCUAAAUAAAGCCAAUGCAACAUGAAUGGGCGUUCAUAAAAUUGCAUUGCGGGCCGACACUGUAGGCUACACUAUUCUAGUUUUACGGGGGAUAGGAGUGUGGCAAUUUUUUGUCUAGGGUGACAGAAUGGCCAGGACCAGGCCUGGCUGGGCAGUAGAUAUAUUUUCCUGCCACUCCAGGAAAGCAGGUAUGUGUGUCUGUGGGCUGUUGGGGCCUUGUCCAGACGGCCUGAGGGACGAUGCUCUGAGGAAUUUCUCUUUCCUCUGUUUUCUCCUUCUUAACUGCCCCCCCUCUGACGAUUAGAACUUAUCCAAACCAGAAACCAUGGAUGGCAGCAUUCGCUCAAAACUGAAAAUGCGAACCACCGCAUUUAUCCAUGGCAAGGUGACUGGGAACAUGGACGUGUACAAACAGACCAGCUAUGACCUCCGUAAGGCAAUCAAAGAGGCAAAACGACAGUACAGGGACAAAGUGGAGAUACAAUUCAACAGCUCAGACACGAGACGCAUGUGGCAGGGACUCCAGACAAUCACAGAUUAUAAAGGGAAAGCCAGCAACAUCGCAGACACCGACGCUUCGUUUACGGACAAGCUAAACACUUUCUUCACCCGGUUCGAUAAAAACAACACAGAGCUGACAUGGGCCCCCACCGCUCAUGAGGAUCCGACGUGAGUAAGAUGUUUAAGUGUGUUCACCCUCGCAAUGCUGCCGGCCCAAAUGGCAUCCCAAGCCACGUCCUCAAAGCAUGCGCAGACCAGCUGGCAAGUGUCUUUACAGACAUUUUCAAUGUAUCCUUGUCCCAGUCUGUAAUUCAAACAUGUUUCAAGCUGACCACCAUUGUCCCUGUUCCCAUGAACUCCAAGGUAACCUGCGUAAAUCGCCCUGUAGAACUCACAUCUGUAAUUAUGAAGGGCUUUGAAAGGCUGGUCAUGACACACAUCAACACCAUCCUUCCAGACACCCUAGACCCACUCCAAUUCGCAUACUACCUCAACAGAUCCACAGAUGACACAAUCUCAAUUGCACUUCACACUGCCCUCUCCCACCUGGCCAAGAGGGGAAAUAGCUAUGUGAGAAUGCUCUUCAUAGACUACAGCUCAGUGUUCAACACCAUAGUCCCUCCAAGCUCAUCACCAAGCUAGGGACCCUGGGACUGAACCCCUCUUUCUGCAACUGGAUCCUGGACUUCCUGACGGGCCGCCCCCAGGUGUUGAGGGUAGGCAACAACGCCUCUGCCACACUGACCCUCAACACGGGGGCCCCUCAGGGGUGUGUGCUUAGUGCACUCCUGUACUCCCUGUUCACCCACGACUGCGUGGCCGUGCACGAUUCCAACACCAUCAUCAAGUUUGCUGACGACACAACAGUGGUAGGCCUGAUCACCGACGGCGAUGAGUCAGCCUACAGGGAGGAGGUCAGAGACUUAGCAGUGUGGUGCCAGGACAACAACCUCUCCCUCAACUGCAGUAAGACCAAGGAGCUGAUUGUUGACCAUAGGAGAAAGAGGGGAGAGCACGCCCCCAUCCACAUCGACAGGGCUGUUGUGGAGCAGCGCAAGAGAUUCAAGUUCCUUGGCAUCCACAUCAUUAAGGACUUAACAUGGUCCACACACACCCGACAGUCGUGAAGAAGGCACGGCAGCGCCUAUUUCCCCUCAGGAGGCUGAAAAGAUUUGGCAUGGGCCAUCAGAUCCUCAAAAAGUUCUACAGCUGCACCAUCGAGAGCAUCUUGACAGCUUGCAUCACUGCUUGGUGGUGCGGACAGCCCAGUACAUCACUGGAGCCGAGCUCUCUGACAUCCAGGACCUCUCUAUCAGGUGGUGUCAGAGGAAGGCCUUAAAAAUUGCCAAAGACGCCAGCCACCCAAGCCAUAGACUGUUCACUCUGCUACUGUCCGGAGCAUCGGCUCUCGAACCAACAGGCUCCAAGACAGCUUCUACCCCCAAGCCAUAAAACUGCUAAAUAAAUUAAUGGUACCCGAACUAUCUGCACUGACUCUAUCUUGCACUGACCCUACGCACACUCACUAGACUUUAUAUACACACCAUAUACACACUCACUAGACUUUAUAUACACACCAUAUACACACUAGUGCUGAGCGAUUAGUGCUUUUUGAGGUCGGUUUCGGUUCGAUUAUUUUAAAAUAAUCACAGUUUUCGAUUCUGGUUUCGAUUAUUUUAGACAAAUGCACUAUGCAUUAUGUGGGUUGAAUGCUGUAACAACACAGAAUAAAACAAUUAAUACAAGUCACAUGAUGGUAGUGACUGCCCAUUACUCCUUAUCACAUAUUAGCCAUCAUUUAUUCAUAUUACUUUACUUUACUAUUUCAGUUGUCUAAAUUACAUUUAUUUAAUUUGAUGACUUUAUUAUUUUAUUCCAAGUCAUCAUCUCAUCUCUAUAGAGCUGCUGCCUAUACUGUCUGACAAAAUCACUAUUUUAGUAGUUCUUCAAAGUAAAUAAGGCCUACUUUUAUGACUGCUGAAUACCAACUAUCAAUCACUUAGAUCAUGUAUUUUCAGGUAGAGAUACCUCACAAAGCAACUGCUUUCUAUCCCUCUCGCGCGCGUUCUCUCUUCUCUCCAUCUCCAUCAACAAGGUGUGCAAUGGAUUAUGGUCAUUGUAGUUAAUUACAAAAUUUUCUGCACUAAACUAUGUAGAAUAUUGGCCUGUUGGAAACUACAACUCCAUACUACAUCGCACAGUUCAGGCUUAAUCUGAUUUAUCUCUACAGAAACUGAGCAUCAAGCUCACAGAAAAAACCCCGCACAAAAUGGAAUUCAAAUAAUUGAACCGAUGUCAGCCAAUUAGUUAUUUAUAAACUGAAAAAUAACAGAAUAAUGUAAGUUAUUCCCUCAGCACUAACACACACUCACUCUAUUUUAUUUUUGGCCAUGGCAGCAAAAUACUCAAAUGGCAUCCAUGAAUUGGUGUGAGGCCUUCUGCUGCGUAAGUCUACAAUACUUUUUUUAGAGCAGUAGAAGUACUUCAACUCUCUGGUCUGAUCAAAUAAAUUAAUGUUGGAACCAUCACAGAGGUAGUUGGACUUUGGCUGGCUACACGCUACACAGGUCCUUGUUGUCGAUCUUUGAUGCUGCUGUUUCUCCAAUAUCUCUUUCAUCAUCCUCUUGAAUGCAGCCUGGGUCAGCGGGCCAUUAGAGUUUCAACAAAGCCGAUACCAGUCUGCAGAAUGGCACACCCCCUUACGCUCUCCCUCAAUCUUAUAUAGUCUCCGCUUCAGUUUCCCGCUCUUUUAUUGCUCCGCCCACUCCCUUUGUCUAUGGUGAUGGCUACAUUCGACUUUCAUUCAGUUCAGAAUCAAUAGUAAUACACUUAAUCAAUCCCUUAUCUUGCAAAAACACUCAUGUUUAGUUUAAACUCUGUUCAACCCUGGCACCGCUCUUUAUCACUUUGUGUGAGGAGAGAGACAAAAGGGAGAAAUCUGACCCUAGGUCAGAUUCCCUCUUUUACCCACACACACAGCGAAAUGACCCAAUUCAGUUAGCCACAAAUAAUGUUAACUAUAUGUUCAUGAUUAACUCAAUUUUAUCUGAUAAUCCAUUAAAAAUACACAUCACUGACAGGGGCAGUGGUGGUGUUGCUGUCAGGGGCAGUGGUGGUGGCGGUGUUGCUGACAGGGGCAGUGGUGGUGUUGCUGUCAGGGGCAGUGGUGGUGUUGCUGUCAGGGGCAGUGGUGGUGUUGCUGACAGGGGCAGUGGUGGUGUUGCUGACAGGGGCAGUGGUGGUGUUGCUGACAGGGGCAGUGGUGGUGUUGCUGACAGGGGCAGUGGUGGUGUUGCUGACAGGGGCAGUGGUGGUGUUGCUGUAAGGGGCAGUGGUGGUGUUGCUGACAGGGGCAGUGGUGGUGUUGCUGUUGCUGACAGGGGCAGUGGUGGUGUUGCUGUUGCUGUCAGGGGCAGUGGUGAUGUUACUGUCAGGGACAGUGGUGGUGUUGCUGCCAGGGGAAGUGAUGGUGUUGCUGUUGCUGACAGGGGCAGUGGUAGUGUUGCUGUUGCUGACAGGGGCAGUGGUGGUGGUGUUGCUGUUGCUGACAGGGGCAGUGGUGGUGUUGCUGACAGGGGCAGUGGUGGUGUUGCUGACAGGGGCAGUGGUGGUGUUGCUGUUGCUGACAGGGGCAGUGGUGGUGUUGCUGUUGCUGACAGGGGUGGUGGUGGUAUUGCUGUUACUGACAGGGGCAGUGGUGGUGUUGCUGUUGGGCAGUGGUGGUGUUGCUGUCAGGGGCAGUGGUGGUGUUGCUGUUGCUGACAGGGACAAUGGUGGUGUUGCUGUCAGGGGCAGUGGUGGUGUUGCUGUUGCUGCCAGAGGCAGUGGUGGUGUUGCUGUUGCUGUCAGGGGCAGUGGUGGUGUUGCUGCCAGGGGAAGUGAUGGUGUUGCUGUUGCUGACAGGGGCAGUGGUGGUGUUGCUGUCAGGGGCAGUGGUGGUGUUGCUGUCAGGGGCAGUGGUGGUGUUGGUGUUGCUGACAGGGGCAGUGGGGGUGUUGCUGUUGCUGACAGGAGUGGUGGUGUCGCUGACGGGAGCAGUGGUGGUGUUGCUGACAGGGGCAGUGGUGGUGUUGCUGACGGGCAGUGGUGGUGUUGCUGACGGGGCAGUGGUGGUGUUGCUGUCAGGGGCAGUGGUGGUGUUGCUGUUGCUGUUGCUGACAGGGGCAGUGGUGGUGUUGCUGACAGGGGCAGUGGUGGGGUUGCUGUUGCUGUCAGGGGCAGUGGUGAUGUUACUGUCAGGGGCAGUGGUGGUGUUGCUGCCAGGGGAAGUGAUGGUGUUGCUGUUGCUGACAGGGGCAGUGGUGGUGUUGCUGUCAGGGGCAGUGGUGGUGUUGCUGUCAGGGGCAGUGGUGGUGUUGGUGUUGCUGACAGGGGCAGUGGUGGUGUUGGUGUUGCUGACAGGAGUGGUGGUGUCGCUGACGGGAGCAGUGGUGGUGUUGCUGACAGGGGCAGUGGUGGUGUUGCUGACGGGCAGUGGUGGUGUUGCUGACGGGGCAGUGGUGGUGUUGCUGUCAGGGGCAGUGGUGGUGUUGCUGUCAGGGGCAGUGGUGGUGUUGCUGUUGCUGACAGGGGCAGUGGUGGUGUUGCUGACAGGGGCAGUGGUGGGGUUGCUGUUGCUGUCAGGGGCAGUGGUGAUGUUACUGUCAGGGGCAGUGGUGGUGUUGCUGCCAGGGGAAGUGAUGGUGUUGCUGUUGCUGACAGGGGCAGUGGUGGUGUUGCUGUCAGGGGCAGUGGUGGUGUUGCUGUCAGGGGCAGUGGUGGUGUUGGUGUUGCUGACAGGGGCAGUGGUGGUGUUGCUGACAGGGGUAGUGGUGGUGUUGCUGUCAGGGGCGGUGGUGUUGCUGACAGGGGCAGUGGUGGUGUUGCUGACAGGGGCAGUGGUGGUGUUGCUGACGGGCAGUGGUGGUGUUGCUGUCAGGGGCAGUGGUGGUGUUGCUGUUGCUGACAGGGGCAGUGGUGGUGUUGCUGACAGGGGCAGUGGUGGUGUUGCUGACAGGGGCAGUGGUGGUGUUGCUGUCAGGGGCGGUGUUGCUGUUGCUGUCAGGGGCAGUGGUGAUGUUACUGUCAGGGGCAGUGGUGGUGUUAAUGCCAGGGGAAGUGAUGGUGUUGCUGUUGCUGACAGGGGCAGUGGUGGUGUUGCUGUCAGGGGCAGUGGUGGUGUUGCUGUUGCUGACAGGAGCACUGGUGGUGUUGCUGUUGCUGACAGGGGCAGUGGUGGUAUUGCUGUUGCUGACAGGGGCAGUGGUGGUGUUGCUGUUGGGCAGUGGUGGUGUUGCUGUCAGGGGCAGUGGUGGUGUUGCUGUCAGGGGCAGUGGUGGUGUUGCUGUUGCUGACAGAGGCAGUGGUGGUGUUGCUGUCAGGGGUAGUGGUGGUGUUGCUGUUGCUGCCAGAGGCAGUGGUGGUGUUGCUGUUGCUGUCAGGGGCAGUGGUGGUGUGCUGUUGCUGUCAGGGGCAGUGGUGGUGUUGCUGCCAGGGGUAAGUGAUGGUGUUGCUGUUGCUGACAGGGGCAGUGGUGGUGUUGCUGUCAGGGGCAGUGGUGGUGUUGCUGUUGCUGACAGGGGCAGUGGUGGUGUUGCUGUUGCUGACAGGGGUGGUGGUGUUGCUGACAGGGACAGUGGUGGUGUUGCUGACAGGGGCAGUGGUGGUGUUGCUGUUGCUGACGGGCGGUGGUGGUGUUGCUGACGUGGCAGUGGUGGUGUUGCUGUCAGGGGCAGUGGUGGUGUUGCUGUCAGGGGCAGUGGUGGUGUUGCUGACAGGGGCAGUGGUGGUGUUGCUGACAGGGGCAGUGGUGGUGUUGCUGUUUCUGACAGGGGCAGUGGUGGUGUUGCUGUUGCUGCCAGAGGCAGUGGUGGUGUUGCUGUUGCUGCCAGAGGCAGUGGUGGUGUUGCUGUUGCUGUCAGGGGCAGUGGUGGUGUUGCUGCCAGGGGAAGUGAUGGUGUUGCUGUUGCUGACAGGGGCAGUGGUGGUGUUGCUGUCAGGGCAGUGGUGGUGUUGCUGUUGCUGACAGGGGCAGUGGUGGUGUUGCUGUCAGGGUUAGUGGUGGUGUUGCUGUUGCUGACAGGGGCAGUGGUGGUGUUGCUGUUGCUGACAGGGGUGGUGGUGUUGCUGACAGGGGCAGUGGUGGUGUUGCUGUCAGGGGCAGUGGUGGUGUUGCUGUUGCUGUCAGGGGCAGUGGUGGUGUUGCUGCCAGGGGAAGUGAUGGUGUUGCUGUUGCUGACAGGGGCAGUGGUGGUGUUGCUGUUGCUGACAGGUCCAGUGGUGGUGUUGCUGUUGCUGACAGGGGCAGUGGUGGUGUUGCUGACAAGGGCAGUGGUGGUGUUGCUGUCAGGGGCAGUGGUGGUGUUGCUGUUGCUGACAGGGGCAGUGGUGGUGUUGCUGACAGGGGCAGUGGUGGUGUUGCUGUUGCUGCCAGGGGCAGUGGUGCUGUUGCUGUUGCUGACAGGGGCAGUGGUGGUGUUGCUGUUGCUGACAGGGGCAGUGGUGGUGUUGCUGUCAGGGGCAGUGGUGGUGUUGCUGUCAGGGGCAGUGGUGGUGUUGCUGUUAAUGCCAGGGGCAGUGGUGGUGUUGCUGUUGCUGCCAGGGGCAGUGUUGGUGUUGCUGUCAGGGUCAGUGGUGGUGUUGCUGUCAGGGGCAGUGGUGGUGUUGCUGUCAGGGGCAGUGGUGGUGUUGCUGUCAGGGGCAGAUCUGAAUGAGGCACAAUAA